AUGGAGACAGAAGGGUAUGGUUUUAGAGAUUAUAUGUAUUAUGUGAGGGACCCUGGGCUAGGGAUUGAAGGAAUGGAAGAAAUAGAUGAUGAUGACAAGUUAGAGGAAAUUUUAGACCACAUAGCAAAGCGGAAUAACAAGAUAUUGAAUGUGACAAUAGUUAGGGCCGGUGCAGAGAAAGUUCCCAAUAUAAAUACCAGUGUUAAUGUCAUUGAGCUGCAGACCCCAAUUGAACAAAUUGGAGAGCCCAAACUGUAUCAGAUUGAUGAUGAAGGAGUGUUGUUCAAUGCUGAAAAUGUACAUGUAGAAGCUGAGAGUUGUGAUGCAGUAGUGGAAGAAUACCAUGUGACUGACAAUUCAGAGGAGCAACUGUUAAUAGAGCAAGAAAUGGAGGAGAAAAGGAGAAAGGAAAUUGAAAUGUUUAGGGAGAACAAGAAGGAAAGAGUGAAGGAGACUUGUUUGAACAGGAAAGCUGCAGUGAUGGACAAUGAAGAGGAUAGUGAUGAUGAUGAUCUGAUAGAAUAUGGUGAUAUCAUAGCUAGGCUUCAGGAGAUGAGAAGACAGAGGAAUGACCCAGAACUUCAUUUUGAAGGGGACACAUAUAUUGAGGAAAUGUGUGACUCAGAGGUGGAUGAUGAGCUGUAUGUGCCACAAGGUGAAGAAGAGGAUGUAGAGGAGGAAGAGGAGGAGGAAUUGGAGGAAGAGGAACAAGAGGAUGAGCUAGGGCAAGAUAUUCCAUCAUCUGAUGAGGACAAGAAACCACAAGACCUUGGUGUGGAAGAUGAUGAUGGUUCUAAGGCAUUGGCAUCUGUGUUGCCCAAUGGUAGAAAAAACAGAGCAAAGAAGAUGAAGAAGAGUUUAUGGUUUGAUGAGGACAGAGCUCAUCUAGAGGAGCAAUUUGUGAAGCAUCUUUGCUUCUUAAAUGCGUACCAGUUCAGAACUGCACUUCAAACCCUGCACAUUGCUCAAAACAGGAACUUUUUCUACCAUAGAAACUGCAGUGAUAGGAUUCCAAAUGAGAAGUCAUUUACAAUUAGGAAGCUGUAUUUAGUGCACACAUGCCCUUCUAUGUCAGAGAACACUAAAGUCACUGCUAAGUGGGUUUCAAAAUUCUGUGAGGAGGUUAUCAGAAAUGACCCAUGCACAACAAUCACAACUAUUAUUAAUACUGCAAAGAGCAAGUAUGGUGUGGAAAUAUCAACACACAUGGCAUACAGGGCAAAGAGGGCAGCAAAGGCUGUUGUGUUAGGAGACCAGAAAGCCCAGUACACCGGGAUUAGGGAUUAUUUACAGGAUGUGUUGGAUACAAAUCCAUGUUCAAGAUGCAUUGUGACAACAAGAUAUCUAAAGGAGCAUCCAAGCACUAACCCUAGGUUUCAUGCACUGUUCAUAUGCUUGAAUGGAUGCAAAGAAGGGUUUCUCAAUGGCUGCAGACCAUUCAUAGGUCAACAGAUUCUAGCUGCAACUGGAAGAGAUAGGAACAAUAAUAUUUUUCCCAUUGCUUUUGGAAUUGUUGAUAAGGAGGACACUAACUCCUGGACCUGGUUUUUAUACCAGUUGAGACAAGCAUUAGGUGGAGAAUCUCGGAAGUUUGGGAACUACACAAUCAUUUCAGAUAGGCAGAAGAACUUUCAAAAUGCUGGGUUUAGAGGGCCUGAAUUAAAGCAAUACAUGGAUGCAGCUAGUUAUUCAUACACUGAACAUGGUUUUAAAACUGCAAUGGCUAAAUUAAAGAAUGAGAGUGAGGCUGCUUGGGAAUGGCUAAGCAAAAUACCUAAACACACUUGGGCCAGACAUGCAAUGGAUAUGAACUGCAAAACAGACAUAGUUGUUAACAAUUUAAGUGAGGUUUUCAACAAGUGGGUUCUUUAUGUCAGGGCUAAACCAAUUAGGACCAUGGUGGAUAGAAUUAGGACAAAGUUAAUGGUCAAGUUCAAUGCAAAUAGAAUAAAGACUGAGACUGUAAGAUGGGAAAUUUGUCCAGCAUAUGCUGAGAAAUUAGAGGAAGCAAAGAAUUCUUACACUAUUUGA